AUGUGUGAAGAUGGAAUUUACUUUAAUGGUCGUAACGUACAAUGUAGAAUUGAAGCUUUAGUAUGUGACACACCAGCAAAAGCAUUCGUUCUCUGCGUGAAAGGACAUGCGGGAUAUUCCAGUUGUACCAAGUGCACAACCGAAGGAGAUUAUAUAAAAGGGCGAUUAUGUUUUCCAGAGACAAAUGCACCACUUAGAUCAGAUAGUGAUUUUAUACAGAAAAUUGAUGAUAGUUAUCACAAGCCUAAUAUUACAUGCAGCUUAUUAGAAGUACCUCAUUUCAAGCCUGUCACAAAUGUCCCGUUGGAUUACAUGCACUUGGUAUGUUUAGGAAUUAUGCGUAAAUUAAUGUACCUAUGGCUUCAUGGAGAAUUACAUUAUUGA